ACCAAACUGUGAGUUUCAGGGGUUAUUUGGUCAGAUUCGCUGGGACCCGAGUGGGUUUCGGGCCUCUGGGCUGUGGCCGCGGCGGGACUGAGGGUGGCGGAAGAACUUGGGGGACCCGGCCUCCGGCGCUCGGGCCCGGGGAGCGACGCCCGAGGCUGGGUCCCAGCCAUCCAAAAGGACGCGUUUUGCCGCACAGGCUAAGAUGGCGGCGGCGGCCGAGGAGGCGGAGUUGGUGCCACACAAGGAGCCCGGGCCCCGGGUUCGGGGAGGCGGCGGCCGCGGCGGCCGCGGGGGGCCGCGGAGCUUGAGGUUUGAUUUAAUUUUGGAUGAGAUUGUUCUUGCAGCAAGAUGUUAAUAAGACAAAAUCUAGACUAAAUGUGUUAAAUGGGCUUGCCAACAAUAUGGAUGAUUUGAAGAUAAACACCGAUAUUACUGGUGCUAAAGAAGAACUCCUAGAUGACAACAAUUUUAUCUCAGACAAAGAGAGCGGAGUUCAUAAACCAAAAGAUUGUCAAACAUCAUUUCAGAAAAAUAAUACAUUGAUUCUGCCUGAAGAACUGUCAAAGGACAAAUCUGAAAACGCCUUAAGUGGAGGCCAGUCUAGUCUGUUUAUACAUGCUGGUUCUCCUACUGUUUCUAGUGAAAACUUUAUCUUGCCUAAAGGAGCUGCUGUUAAUGGACCAGUUUCACACUCCUCCUUAACUAAGACUUCCAAUAUGAAUAAAGGCAGUGUUUCAUUAACCACUGGACAGCCUGUGGAUCAGCCAACAACGGAAUCUUGUUCAACUUUGAAGGUAGCAGCUGAUCUUCAGCUGUCUACACAGAAAGCAAGCCAACACCAAGUUUUAUUUUUGUUAUCAGAUGUAGCACAUGCUAAGAAUCCCACCCAUUCCAAUAAAAAACUACCUACCUCUGCUUCGGUUGGUUGUGACAUUCAGAAUUCAGUAGGGAGUAAUAUAAAGUCAGAUAGCACUUUAAUAAAUCAAGUAGAGGUGGGUGAGGAUAGUGAAGAUGUAUUGGUAAAAGAUGAUUGUGUCAAUACAUUAACAGGAAUUUCCUCAGGUACAGAUGGAUUUAGGUCAGAAAAUGAUACAAACUGGGAUCCCCAAAAAGAGUUCAUUCAGUUUCUUAUGACUAAUGAGGAAACAGUAGAUAAAGCUCCACCUCAUUCUAAAGUAGGUCUAGAAAAAAAAAGAAAGCGAAAAAUGGAUGUAAGUAAGAUAACUCGUUAUACCGAGGAUUGCUUUAGUGAUUCUAAUUGUGUACCUAAUAAAUCAAAAAUGCAAGAAGUAGACUUUCUAGAACAGAAUGAAGAGCUGCAAGCUGUGGACUCACAGAAAUAUGCAUUAUCAAAAGUGAAGCCUGAAUCGACUGAUGAAGACUUAGAAUCUGUGGAUGCUUUUCAACAUCUAAUUUAUACUCCAGAUAAAUGUGGAGAAGAGAGUUCACCUGUUCAUACUAGCACUUUUCUUUCGAAUACCUUAAAAAAGAAAUGUGAAGAGAGUGAUUCUGAGUCACCUGCUACUUUCAGUACUGAAGAGCCAUCAUUCUACCCCUGUACAAAGUGCAAUGUGAAUUUUAGGGAGAAGAAGCACCUCCACAGGCAUAUGAUGUAUCAUUUAGAUGGGAAUAGUCAUUUUCGCCAUCUUAAUGUCCCAAGGCCAUAUGCUUGUAGAGAAUGUGGACGGACAUUUCGAGAUCGCAAUUCACUUCUAAAACAUAUGAUUAUUCACCAAGAGAGAAGACAGAAGUUGAUGGAGGAAAUUCGUGAAUUGAAAGAACUUCAGGAUGAAGGAAGAAGUGCACGAUUACAGUGUCCUCAGUGUGUGUUUGGUACCAAUUGCCCUAAAACAUUUGUGCAACAUGCUAAAACCCAUGAAAAAGAUAAAAGGUACUACUGCUGUGAAGAGUGUAACUUCAUGGCAGUGACAGAAAAUGAAUUAGAAUGCCAUCGAGGCGUUGCACAUGGGGCAGUGGUAAAAUGCCCUAUGGUCACUUCUGAUAUAGCCCAGAGAAAAACACAAAAAAAGACUUUCAUGAAAGACUCCGUAGUAGGAUCGUCCAAAAAAUCGGCUACCUAUGUAUGUAAGAUGUGUCCUUUUACUACUUCAGCCAGAAGUGUUUUAAAAAAGCACAUGGAGUACUUGCAUUCAUCAUCAUGCGUUGAUUCAUUUGGUAGUCCUCUUGGACUUGAUAAAAGAAAAAAUGACAUCCUUGAAGAACCUGUAGAUAGUGAUAGCACUAAACCGUUAAGUAAACAACAGUCAACUACAUUUCCAAAGAACUCUGCUUUAAAACAAGACGUGAAGCGAACAUUUGGAUCAACCUCACAAUCAAGUAGUUUUUCAAAAAUCCAUAAGCGGCCACACAGAAUACAGAAAGCUCGGAAAAGCAUUGCCCAGUCAGGUGUAAACAUGUGCAAUCAAAACAACUCUCCCCAUAAGACUGUUACAGUUAAAAGCAGCAUUGACCAAAAACCCAAGUAUUUCCAUCAAGCAGCAAAAGAAAAAUCUAAUGCCAAGGCAAAUAGCAACUAUUUGUAUAGACACAAAUAUGAAAAUUACAGGAUGAUCAAAAAAUCAGGUGAAUCAUACCCUGUGCAUUUCAAAAAAGAAGAAGCUAGUUCAUUAAAUUCUUUACACCUGUUUUCAUCAUCAAGUAAUUCUCACAACAAUUUUAUUUCAGAUCCUCAUAAGCCUGACACCAAAAGGCCUGAAAGCUUCAAAGAUCACAGACGUGUAGCUGUAAAGAGAGUAGUUAAGGAAUCUAAGAAAGAAAGUUCCGUUGGAGGGGAAGACUUGGAUAGCUAUCCAGAUUUUUUGCAUAAAAUGACUGUUGUUGUUUUGCAAAAACUUAAUUCUGCUGAAAAGAAGGAUAGUUAUGAAACAGAAGAUGAAAGUUCCUGGGAUAAUGUUGAGUUAGGAGACUACACUACACAGGCCAUAGAAGAUGAAACCUACAGUGAUAUUAAUCAAGAACAUGUAAAUUUAUUCCCUCUAUUUAAGAGCAAAGUGGAAGGUCAGGAGCCUGGAGAAAAUGCUUCUCUUAGUUAUGACCAAAAUGAUGGCUUUUAUUUUGAAUAUUAUGAAGAUGCUGGAAGUAACAACUUUUUGCAUGAGAUACAUGAUCCUCAGCAUUUAGAAAAUGCAGAAACUUCAUUGUCAAAGCAUAGUUCUGUUUUUCAUUGGGCUGAUUUGUCUCUUGAGAAGAAAUCAUGUCCUUACUGUCCAGCAACAUUUGAAACAGGUGUUGGGUUAUCAAAUCAUGUCCGGGGGCAUCUUCACAGAGCAGGAUUAAGCUAUGAAGCCCGUCAUGUUGUAUCACCAGAACAAAUAGCCACAAGUGAUAAAAUGCAGCAUUUCAAGAGAACUGGCACAGGAACACCUGUUAAGCGAGUUAGAAAAGCUAUGGAGAAGUCUGAGACCACUUCUGAACACACUUGUCAGCUCUGUGGUGGUUGGUUUGAUACUAAAAUUGGAUUAUCAAAUCAUGUUAGAGGCCACUUGAAAAGACUUGGAAAGACCAAAUGGGAUGCUCACAAAUCUCCAAUCUGUGUUCUGAAUGAGAUGAUGCAAAAUGAAGAAAAAUAUGAAAAAAUCUUAAAGGCAUUGAACAGUCGUCGUAUUAUUCCCAGACCAUUUGUAGCUCAAAAACUUGCAUCAAGUGAUGACUUUAUAUCUCAAAAUGUUUUACCUCUUGAAGCAUACCGAAAUGGCCUAAAGACUGAAGCCCUGUCAGUGUCUGCAUCAGAAGAAGAAGGGCUGAAUUUCUUAAAUGAGUAUGAUGAAACAAAACCAGAACUGCCCAGUGGAAAAAAGAAUCAGUCUCUUACACUCAUAGAACUUCUUAAAAAUAAAAGGAUGGGAGAAGAAAGGAAUUCUGCCAUUUCUCCUCAAAAGAUCCAUAAUCAGACAGCAAGAAAGAGAUUCGUUCAGAAAUGCGUUCUUCCAUUAAAUGAAGAUAGUCCGUUGAUGUAUCAGCCACAAAAAAUGGAUUUGACUAUGCACUCAGCCUUAGAUUGUAAGCAAAAGAAAUCAAGGUCAAGAUCUGGAAGCAAGAAGAAAAUGCUAACAUUACCUCAUGGUGCUGACGAGGUUUACAUUCUCCGAUGCAGGUUUUGUGGCCUAGUCUUUCGAGGACCCUUGUCUGUUCAGGAAGACUGGAUUAAGCACUUACAACGACAUAUUGUAAACGCUAAUCUUCCAAGGACUGGAGCUGGCAUGGUGGAAGUCACGUCACUACUUAAAAAGCCUGCCUCCAUUACAGAAACUUCAUUUUCUCUACUAAUGGCUGAAGCAGCUUCAUAGAACCAGGAAACCUUUUAAAUAGCAAAUUUGAAUUGGAUGUAAAUUUGACAUUCUUUUUUUUUAAAGCCACAUUAAAUUAUCUGUUUAUAAAUACUAAAGCAGAAAAAUGGGGGAAAGUGAAUUACAAUGACAUCAGAGCAAAUCCAAUACUUAAAACAGUAAGUAGUCUAUAUUUUAUAUAGGGUGGAAGAUGUGUUUUUAAGGUUUACGAAUUUUUGUUGGUUAACUGUGUUCACUCAAGAAAAGAGCAGUACAUGUAAGCAGCCAUUAAUAAACUGUUGCACAUUGAUACUUAGAGACAGACUUAUUGGAAAAUUAUGUUUUUUUGCAGUGUUACCAGAUCAAGGCUCUGUUUAUUCCCCACAAGACUUGCAUAGAAAAAUAAGAUAUUAUAUUUUGUUUGUAUGUAUUUAGUGUUUUGUAUAAUACCAAGAACCGAUGACUAAAUUUACUCAAAUUAGGGCAUUAAAUAUCAUGUACUUCAUAGUUUGAGACUGUUCACUCAAAUAGGGCAGAGUACUAUUCUAUCUAGAUGUGUAAGUGUUUUUUUUUAAAUCACAUGGAACGGUUUUUUUAUACUAAAAAGUGGAGGGAGAUUUGUUUAAACAAGUAUUUCUAAAAGAAAUAUGUAUAUAGUUCUGGAAAUUAUUUGUGGUAAGGAAAUAUUCUUUACUCCAGUUGCAUUUCUCAGACAAUAAAGUGGUGCAUCCAUGCUACCUCCUACUUUGUCAACAAAGAUGCUAUUUACCCUUUACAUUUUUGUAUCAUAAUAGAUUUUAAAAAAUCUAAUGUUCUUUAUUGCAAGACAUUCUUUUGUUAACAGAUUUGUUUCUUUUUAAUGUUUUACCUAAAAUUUGACAUGCUUACAGGACAGGUUUGCCUCUUACUUUAUUUAACAUUGUAGAAAUGUAAUUAAUAAACACUGCUCACUACACAGUUUAGAAUAGAUGUUCUCAUUUAUAUUAUUUACCAAAUUUGAUCAGUUAGCAAAACUUAAUACACCAAUUAAAAUAUUUCUCCAUAUGAUGAGAAUGUUUACAAUUAAAAUUUUAGAACUUGUUUUGGAUGUGAUUAUAUGUACGAAAAUCGUGUAACACUAUGCUCAUGCUAAGAACCGACAUAACAGAAUUACUGAAAUAAAUGUGCUGUGAGGAAUGGAAAAUACGGUGCAGGUGUCUUGGUCAUGAUAAAUUGUGAUUCUUUUUAGAAUUUUUUUUCCAAAAACAAAUUAGUUCUUUUAAUCUGAAAUCAGAUUUCUUUACAAACAACAGUUUUUGUAUGCAAGCACCAUUUUAUUUCAUGUAGUAUGGCUAAUACUAUAGUUGAACCAAGGAUAUGCAUUGAUUCUUUGCUUCGUAUGUAAAUAAAGCUAAAAACAGUUAAAAUAAGGAGUAUUUUGGUAGAGUAUAUACAUACCUCACUGCCAGUGAAAUUGCUUUCCUAUGGUAUAUCUCCUUACCAGAAAAAUCUCUAAAUAAAAAAAAGGUUUAAA